CUCUGUCCGUCAGUGAACUUACUGCGUGUUUUCUGUCCCUGCAGCUCACAGCAGAUCCACAAACAACAGCUUCACACUUCCAUCAGCCUCUCUCCCACAGCUGGACUUCAUAUUGUCAAACUUUCUCUGCAACUGGUGUUUGUGGAACAAGAGGUGGAAAGGCUUGCCACACAUCUGACUCUUAAUGAUGUCAGCCUCUUCCUCUCUCUGAAGUGGACAGACUUUCGUCGGGAUGAUUUCACAGCAGGUGAUUCACUCCAACACUUCACAGUCAGUGAGGUUGAAUCAGCCGCAGGUGUUAUUAAAGCCAUCCAUCAUUCUGGGAGUCUACUAAGUGAUCACCUGAGUGACAUUAAUCACCCCCGCUCUGUGUAGGUAGAUCUGCUGGUUUAGUUUUUAUGGCCAUUUCUCGUUAAUAAGACACCGGGGGAUAACUCCAUCCUACACUCCUGUCUUUUAUCGAUGAUGUGGAAAAUCUUGUAAUACCGAGAUCUUCUGUAAUCAUGAUGGCCGCCGCCCUCUUUCAAGAGAAGGAGUAUCCCCAUCUCCAGCUGCAGGAGGUGGACUCCAGUCGAGUUGGAUGUCGCGCCCUCCCUCCUCCCCUCAUGGCCUCCUCUCCUGGGUUAUCCAUGGAGAACCAGCCCAUCUGCAUCCCCUCCCCGUACACCGACAUCGGCCACGACUUCCCCCCCCUCCCUUUCUACAGUCCGACCAUCUUCACGUACGCCGGGCCGGGUAUCUCCGACUGCCCCUCUGUCCGUCAGUCGCUUAGCCCCUCCUUGUUCUGGCCCAGUCACGGCCAUGUGGGGCCCCUGCACCAGGCCCAGGCUCGGCCCCCCCAGCCGGUACAGAGCCCCUGGGUGGAGCUGCGGGACGGCGUCCUGACGACCAGUAAGAGUGUGAGGAGGCGUUCUCAGGAGAGCGAGGAGGCCGUGGUGUCGUCCGGAGGGAAGGCGGACCUCCACUUCUGCGCCGUGUGUCACGACUACGCCUCGGGCUACCACUACGGUGUGUGGUCCUGUGAGGGGUGCAAGGCCUUCUUCAAGAGGAGCAUCCAAGGACACAAUGACUACAUCUGCCCGGCGACUAAUCAAUGCACGAUAGACAAGAACCGCCGCAAGAGCUGCCAGGCGUGUCGCCUUCGCAAAUGCUGUGAAGUCGGCAUGACCAAGUGCGGUUUGCGUAAGGAGCGUGCAAACUGCAGGAACCCCCAGACGAGGCGAGUGACCCGCCUGUCCUCUGAGAGCAGAACCAACCCCCCAAAGGCGUUAAAUGGACCAGUGGUGGUUUUAUCAAAUGCACCCCUCCCUCCGGCUCUGACCCCGGAGCACCUGAUCUCCAGGAUAAUGGAGGCGGAGCCGCCGGAGAUCUACCUUAUGAAGGACAUGAACCGGCCGCUGACUGAAGCCAACGUCAUGAUGUCGCUCACCAACCUGGCCGACAAGGAGCUGGUCCACAUGAUCAGCUGGGCCAAGAAGAUCCCAGGUCCUGCAUAUGGGAGGUUUGUGGAGUUCGGCCUCCUGGAGCAGGUGCACCUGCUGGAGUGCUGCUGGCUGGAGGUUCUGAUGAUGGGGCUGAUGUGGAGGUCCGUGGACCAUCCAGGGAAACUCAUAUUCUCCCCUGACCUCAGCCUGAGCAGAGAAGAGGGUAACUGUGUGCAGGGCUUCUCAGAGAUCUUCGAUAUGCUGAUAGCUGCCACAUCCAGGGUGAGAGAACUCAAGCUGCAGAGGGAGGAGUACGUCUGCCUCAAGGCCAUGAUCCUCCUCAACUCCAACAUGUGCCUGAUCUCGUCAGAGGGCAGCGAGGAGCCUCAGAGUCGCUCCAAGCUGCUGCGGCUCCUGGACGCCGUGACGGACGCUCUGGUGUGGGCCAUCGCCAAAUCAGGCCUCCCAUACCGCCAGCAGUACACCCGCCUGGCCCACCUGCUCAUGCUGCUGUCACACGUCCGCCAUGUCAGUAACAAAGGCAUGGACCACCUCCACUGCAUGAAGAUGAAGAACAUGGUGCCUUUGUACGACCUGCUGCUGGAGAUGUUGGACGCCCACAUCAUGCACAGCUCCCGCCUGCCCCCCCAGCCUGGGGACCUGACAGAGUUUCCUGAUCGGCCCUCGAGCUCCAGAAGCUCCCUGUCCAACACCUGGAUGCCUGGCAGCACUGGGGGUGGAGGUGAACCACAAUGAAUUCACCGCUUUGCACAUAGUUCACAAGACUGAUCAUUUUUUUACUGGAACAUUCUGCUGAAUUCUGUGGAAUUCACAGGGGAAACUUUGACACAUGCUGCACUUAUUGUAGUGAACUCAACUUUGGAGAUUUCAGAUAUUACUCUGCAGACAGACUGAACUUGCUGUUUCCUUUGUCUUACUAAUAAUUACUAUUAUAUACAUUAUUCGGUCAGCAGCAUUAGUUCUUGCUUACAUUUGCAAUUCAUGCAAUAUGUUAAUACAAAGAUUAUCUCGGGCUGAGCAGCUUAUUUCACAUCAGAUCAUUUUCAUAUUCAUCGUCCAUGUAUGGUGUUAUUCUGGAGGUCCAACAGAGGAAACAUUGUACCAAAAAUGACUGAAGAAAACAACCGGGCCAAGAAAAACAGAUAGAUCAACCGCCUGUUGUAGAAAAGAUAGGCUUGAGUCAUAUGAUGAUAUAGGCCUACAUGAGAACAAAAUAGAUAAUAACUAUACCUACAGCUUCUAUCAAGGUUGCUGCUAUUUAUUGUAUACCUCUUGAUAUAUAUAUAGAUAUAGAUAUAUAUAUAUAUAUAGAUAUAGAUAUAUAUCUAUAUAUAUAUAUAUAUAUAUAUAUAUAUAGAUAGAUAUAUAUAUUGGGUUUACAGUUUUGUUAUAAACAUGUUUUAAAUACAAUGAUAUGUCAGGUAUUUAAUUCACAGGAAGACAAACAUUCCCAUCUAGUCAUUUCUAUAAAAACGUUUUUGGAUUGAGAUUAAUAUCAUUUUCCACCUAAAGGAACUGUUUAACAUUUUGAUAAAUGCGCUUUUUAUCUCGGUUGUCAAGAGUUAAAUUAUAAGAUCGAUCCAACUUUCUGAAUAAAAACGUAGCUGGAACUGUUUAGUUUAGCUUAGCAUAAAGACUAGAAACAGCUAGCUAGCUUUCAGCAACCCUAAAACUCACUACUUAAUAUUUAAAAUAUAUCUUUCUUAUUGAAUCUGUACAAAUACAAACAAACAAUGGGACACAUUUAUACAAUGUUUGUUUUAUAGUUGCUGUUAAAAACGUGUUAUGCUAAGCUAAAUGGCUGCUAGCUGUAACAUAAUUAGCAUACAAUCUUCUCAUCUCACUCUUGGCCACAAAAGGCAAACAAGUGUAUUGUAUUUCCUGCAAUGUCAAACUAUACCUGUUUUACAAAGUCACAUAAACCUUGAGAAAAGACAAUAUAUUUAUAUUGUUAGCAUUUAACAACUAUAGCUCCUGUAUUUCGACAUAGCUGUUGUUCAUAGCGGUUGUUGCCAAAGACAAACAGUCGUCUUGUUGAACAUUUUAAGUCUUUUUUUUACAAUUCAGUAUAAUAGGAUUUACCCAUCAAGCUUAGAAAAUAGACUAGUGAAGCCACUUAAAGACAUUGAAAAGAAAUGGAAAAGCAGAUUUUGUUUGUAACAAGCAGAUCGCCACUAGAGGGCGCUGUACAGCACACACUCUGCAUAUGACUCAACAUGUCCGCGCACAGUCUGCUCAUCACAGACAUCCCCUCUUGUUUUCUGAGAAGAAGAUCACUACUAUUGCUCUUAAGACAAUUGCACUUCUCAAUUUGAGCUUGAAGAGAGUUAUUUUUAUAUGUUAGACCUCUCUGUUGUAUACAUUGUGAGCACAAUCAUGAUUAAAACACCAGGAUCACAGAGUGCGUUAUAUGUAAAUAUGUAGACUUUUAAACCUCCUCUCCAUGAACCUCUGUACUCGUUCAGUCCUGUGUCUUUUCCUCUGGUCACAAUCUAUCACCAUACAUCACACACUGUAUUUUCACUGUGUACAUGUAUUUGGAUUGUAAGUAUUUUCUUUACUUGUUUUUCAAAAAGCAAAUUCAUGAUGUGAUGGUCGUUAAAGUGCUGAACGCUAUUAAAGCUAGUAAGUGAACCUUGAGAUUUUUUAAAAGGAAUUUAAACCCUUACAAGUGCACUUACUCUGAGUAGAAUAUGUUUUAUUCAUAUACAAAUAUUCCCAUUACCUACAACUUGACAUGAAAUGUUUUCUUUUAAUAUUGAACUGCUUAGUUUAUUGGAAAUAUUAGUAAAAGGUAAGUUCCCCCCCCUUUAAACACCUUUGCUUUGCACUGGUGAUUAGAUUUAGUUUGUAUUUCUUGUUCCAAAUUAACUUUUUUUGAGGCCUCUUCACUGACCACAGCAUCCUCUCUCUUUCAAGGACAAAUGUAUAUCUGUUAAUCCUCAAUGCCAACAAAAAUACUUCAAACAGAGUUAAGACAAUCAGUGUUUACUACCAGAAGAUUAGGAUGAAUCCACCGUUUGAUGUUAUAAAUAAGCAUUAUAUUAUCACAUUCUGUACAUACACAUCAUCCUGAUAAAUCUACAGUGUUUCAGCAGUGCUCACAAUCUACUCAAAUAGUAUCUAAACAAAUAUACAAUUGUGUGUGUAUAAAACUGCCAUCAUUUUGUACGGUUGGCUUUAUAAAGAUAACAUUAAAUAGUAUUGUCUUUUCUUGUAAAAAAAACCCACAUUAAAAAAAAAAGAGUUCAGUCUGGAGGCGUGUGGUGCAGUGGGUGUGCGUUGGUGUUUGGAUCAGGGGAGCACAGGUUCAAACCCCACUGCAGUCAGCAUGUCGUUGUGUCCCUGAGACACUUCACCCCAAAUUGCUCCUGUGGGGAUUGUCCACAUUGAGUAUGUAAGUCACUUUGGAUAAAAGCGUCUAACAUGUAAUGUCUGACAUAAAAAAGAUCAAGCAUGCUUUUGUUUUAGGGGAACACGAAAUGUCAGCAGUUCAUAAAAUAACAUGUAAAUGACAGAUAUUGUACACGUGAAAUAAAAAUCUUGAAAAGGCCAA